CGGACCGGACCGAGGCGCGCGCCCCCGCUGCGCCGCCGAGACACCCCACCGCACCGCACCGCACCGCACCAGGCAAGCGCCGGGGAGACGCCAGAGGGAAGAGCCGGCGGCCGGGAGGGGUUGGGAGCCUGUCCCAGGAUCGGCUGUGGCAGCCCAGCGGCAGCGGGCUGUGUGGCUGCCCUCGCCGGGGGAGCGGGACCAUGAGCAGGGGCAUAGCCCAUCUCCUGGCGGCUCUCUUCGUGGCAGCGGCCAUGGGCUACCCGUCACGGCGCUCUGCCACCGACCUGGAUGCCACCCCCAGGACAACAGUCACCUUUGAUGAGCUGUCGGGCACCCGGCGCUUCAGCACACACACCCUCAACUACAGCACCCUGCUGCUGGAGGACGACCGGGGCAUCCUCUACGUGGGCGCCAGAGGAGCCAUCUUCGCCCUCAACUCCAGCGACGUGGCCGACGGCUCCCACCGCACGAUUCACUGGGAAGCCUCCCCGGAGAAGCAGCUGGACUGCCUGCAGAAGGGCAAAAACAACAAGACCGAGUGCUUCAACCACGUGCGGUUUCUGCAGCGGCUGAACAGCACCCAUCUCUACGCCUGCGGGACCUACGCCUUCCACCCGCUCUGCGCCGCCAUCGAUGCUGACAGGUUCACGUUGCCAUCCCACUUUGAGGAAGGGAAGGAGAAGUGCCCAUACGACCCUGCCCGUGGCUACACCGGCCUCAUUGUCGAUGGUGGCUUGUACACAGCCACACGCUACGAGUUUCGGAGCCUGCCUGACAUCCGGAGGAACCUGCACCAGAGGCCACUGAAGACAGAGGAGUCCCCGCUGCACUGGCUGAGUGAUGCUGAGUUUGUGGCCUCCGUGCUGGUCCAGGAGAGCAAGGACAGCCCUGUGGGGGACGAUGACAAAAUCUACUACUUCUUCAUGGAGCAGGCGGGUGAGGAGACCACGUCCUUCUUCGACAAGAGCCAGGUGGCCCGAGUGGCCCGGGUGGCUCGUGUCUGCAAGAGCGAUGUCGGGGGGAAGAAGAUCCUGCAGCGCAAGUGGACGUCCUUCAUGAAGGCGCGCCUGGUCUGCUACAUCCCCUACUACGAGGUACUGCGCAGCGUCUGCAGCCUGGACGGGGGCGGCUGGGCCAGCACCGUCUUCUACGCCGCCUUCACCCUCUCGGCUCAGUGGAGGACCAUGGAGGCCUCGGCCGUGUGCCGCUACAGCAUCUCAGGCGUGCAGCGUGCCUUCGAGGGCCCCUACAUGGAGUACCAGGACUCGGCUCGCAAGUGGACCCGCUACGACGGUGCAGUGCCCGAGCCCCGGCCUGGCUCUUGCAUCACGGACCGCUCCCGCAGGAAGGGCUACAAUUCCUCGCAGGACCUGCCCAACAGCGUCCUGGACUUUGUCAAGCUGCACCCGCUGAUGUUUGAGGAGGUGAAGCCGGCCGGUGGGGAGCCGCUGCUGGUGAAGAAGAGCGUGGCCUACAGCCAGCUGGCCGUGGACAGGGUGCGGGCCCUCGACGGCCGCUCCUACGACGUGCUCUUCAUGGGGACGGGGGAUGGAUGGAUCCACAAGGCCGUGGUGGUGGACUCUGGCAUCCACAUCGUGGAGGAGGUGCAAGUGUUCAGCGACCCGCAGCCUGUAGAGAGCCUGGUGAUCUCCCACACUCAGAGGAGCCUGUACGUGGGGGCAGCCAGCGGGAUCCUGCAGUUGCCCCUGGCCUCCUGCGCCAGGUACGCUUCCUGCUACGACUGUGUCCUCGCCCGGGACCCCUACUGUGCCUGGGACGGCCGGGCCUGCCGCGCCACCGCCACCGCGCACGGCGUGGGGCUGGUGCAGGACAUUCAGAGCGGCAACGAGGGAUGCCGGAGCAGCUCUGGGCGCGGCUCCCUGCCCUGGAAGAACCGGACGGUGCUGCGGGGCGACGACGUGCUGCUGCCCUGCGACCAGCGCUCCAACCUGGCACGGGCCGUCUGGCUGCUGAACGGCACUGAGGUGCCGGGCACGGGGCAGGGCCGGCUGCGCGUGGGGGUGGACGGGCUGCUGGUGACAGACACGCUGCCCCGGCACAGCGGCGAGUACCGCUGCUACGGGGAGGAGCGGGGCCUCCACACGCUGCUGGCCGCCUACAGCCUCACGGUGCUGCCCGAGCUGCCCCACGGCCCCACGCCCGCCCCGCGGCCCCACGCUGCCAGCCAGGCGGCCGCCGACGUGAAGGUGGCUUACGUCUCCGCCAUUGUCGCCUUGGUGGUGCUGUGCGCCGUGCUCAGCGCCAUCCUCCUCUACGUGUCCUGCCUGGAGAAGCGCAAGGGCAAGUACGUCCUGGGGGAACCGCGGCCCUCCAGCGUGGAGCUGCAGACCGUCUCGGCCAACUGCCUGCGCAAGGGCCGCCGGGAGGAGGAGGAGGAAGAGCUCACCUACCCCGACGGCUGCCUGCGGAUCAUCCCUGGCGAGGCGCCCACGGCCGUCACCUCCCCGGCCAAGGAGCUGCCGGUGGCCGUGGUCCCGCUGCCGCCGCCGCCGCCGCUGCCGGCCGAGCUCACCAACGGCGUGGGGGCUCUGCCCAACGUCCUCCGCAAGAUGAACGGCAACAGCUACAUGCUGCUGCAGCAGCAGGAGGAGCCGCUGGCCUCGCCGCUCUACAGCGCAUCCUUCACCGAGGAGCUCAGCAAGAUCCUGGAGAAGCGGAAACACACGCAGCUGGUGGAGAAGCUGGACGAGAGCUCUGUGUAGGGGCCGGGGGGAGGGUCCUGCCAGCGGGACCCUCCUCCCCUCUGGCCCCUUCUCCCACCCCCUGCCAGCAGUGUUACAAGACUCAGGCAAAACUACCUCCUGGAUGGCAGAGCCGGGCCGGGCCCGGGCUCGGCUGUUCCUUUGGCUUUUCACUCAGUUUUGAGACUCGCUGUACAGAAAAAGAAGAAUGUAUUUAAAUUUGGGAGCUCUAUUUAUGUAUAAAAACCCACCGACGGCGGCCACAAGCUGGAGGCAGGAGCUGGCACCUGGCUGAAGGUGGACACCGGGGGGAGGGAGAGUUUCUGUUCGUCUGUCCAUCCAGGCAUGAGAGAGAUGCUGCUGAGGACGUGUGGACUCGACCUGCCCCGCUGGACGUCCCUCGGUGCACAGAAGCCGGAUGGAGAAGGUCCCUCUCCAGGAGAGGACGGUUUGGUGAAGGUAACGGAGCAGGGCCGAGGAGCUGAUGUCCCGACGGCCCCAGAGCAGCUGGUGGAGCGGCACGUGCCCACUGCAAGGAGGCCCCAGGGUGCAGCAGGGGAAGAACAGGAUGCCACCGUCAUGCCCUGCAGUAUGGCAAGGACCCAGCACAGCACCCAUCUGCCCCCGACAGCUCCAGUGCCCCCACAGCCCUGGGCACCCCACAUUUCUGCCUUCCUGCACGGUGCUGUGUGAGAACCGGGGUUCAGGCCUUGUCCUCUGUGGGGCAACAUACAGAAGGGGAAACAUCCUUGCACAGAGAGGAGGAACCCUGGGCAAGGGCCUGCCUCCCUCUGGGGCUGCCUGCUCUCCACGGCACUUUGUAGGAGCAGCCUUGUCCCUAAAUCCCCCCAGCCACCUCUGCUCCUGGGGGAACCCUGAGGCCUGGGGUGACAAAAGCAUCUCACACCCCAAGGACAGGGUGGGGACACCAGAAAAGCCAGGGAGGGACAGAGUUGGUGGCCUCCCCUCUGUUCCUUGCUGUCACCUUCAGGAUCAGGAUGUCAACUGGAUGCAGAGGGGCAGGAGGGGGUGACAGUCCCCGGGGUCCUCCACGGGCCUGAGCCCAGGCCCUCCUGCCCCAGAAGAGUGAGGCUUAGUGGGAGAAGGUGAGAGCCAGAUGCCUGGGCUCUGCCAUCCUGCACCCGCCCUUGCUUUUGCUGCAAGAGGGAUAAGAGCCACCCUGGGCACAUCCCCAGCCCCCAUGGAAGGGCACAGCCCUCCGUGUCUGACCCCCUCGUGCACAGCCCCAUGUGGCCCCGGUAAUAAAGG